GGCAGUUACAGUAAUGUUCACACUCUACAGUAUUAUGAGACUGGGGUCUCAGAGCCAGGACAUGGGCUGCCUGCGUUUGUUGCAGUUGGUUAUGUAGAUGAAAUACAGAUAAUGAGAUAUGACAGUGACUCUCCCAGAGCACGACCUGCUGUUCAGUGGAUGGAGACCGUUGAGGAGGAUCCUGGUUACUGGGAAGGACAGACACAUAUAGGCCAAUUCUGGGAGGCUAUAUUCAAACACAAUGUGAAGAUAGGGAUGAGGCGCUUCAACCAGACAGCAGGUUUUCAUUCUGUGCAGAGGAUGACUGGCUGUGAGCUGUAUGAUGAUGGCAGCACCAGGGGGUAUAUACAGGAUGGUUAUGAUGGGAGAGAAUUCCUCACCCUGGAUACAGACAGAUGGAUCUGGGUCCCUAUAAUAAAUGAGGCUCAGAUCACUGCACAGAGAUGGAACAGCCCAGAGGUCGGUACGGCUGAGAAUGACAAGGAUUUCCUGCAGGGGGAGUGCAUCGAGUGGCUGAGGAAACACAUCAGAGCUGGGAAAGCAGAGCUGGAGAGGAAAGUUGUCCCUCAAGUGAAGGUUUCCGGUCACCAAUCAGACACUGUGAUAAAGCUUCACUGCCGGGUGUACGGGUUUUACCCUAAAGCUGUGGAUGUCAAGUGGGUGAAGAACGAAGACAUUGAUUUAAUCUCAGAGGAGGCAACACAGGUCCUCCCCAACCCUGAUGGGACCUAUCAGCUCAGGGUCACUGUGGAGGUGAUACCUAAGGACGGGGACAGUUUCUCCUGUCAUGUGGAUCACAGCAGCCUGAAGGAGCCACUUACUGUGCUUUGGGAACCAAAGAAAGAUUCCUCUCUGUACAUAAUUAUUGCUGUUGGAGUUAUCCUCUCUGUCGUUAUUGCUGCUGGUGUUGCUGGAUACAUUCUGUUAAGAAAGGAGAAGCCUUCUCAUAACAGUAAUGAAGAAAAGUUGUUAUCCCACAAAGCUAUAACGGAUUGUUGCUCUACAGACUUAACCACUGAAUCCUCUGAAAGCAGCACAUUAUCCACCGACUCAUCCACUGCUCCAAUGUUUGCCAGUCCUGACCAGUCUUCCUGA